GGGAGAACCUAAUGAUAUAAAAAAGAAAAUAAUUUAAUAGGAGAGGGGAAAUAGGCGUCCGGGAGAUCGGCUUCCCUCUUUCGCGUCAUGAUUUGAGCGACUCCUCGUCGAUAGCACCGGCCAAUCCGUCGUCGAGAACGGCGGUCUCGGAGGAACGGGAAAACCCCCCCCUUUUCGCCUUGGCCAUGCGACUCUGCGUCCCUUCGAUCUCCCUCCCGAGUGAGGAAACCAGGCCGAUCACAGAAACCCCAGAUUUCCCACCGAUCGUCGUCGAAACGCCUCGGUAUUUCUGCAGUCCCUUGGCCCCCGCAGAGAAAGCCCUAGAUCUUCCGCUUCCACUGGUGGGCGCCACCGGCCUCGAGCCUCAUCGCUAGAAUAUUCGAGGCAAUUCCGACGUUGUUUCCGUCUGAUCGGGAUGACCAGGAGGGACGCUCACACGCAGAGUGUGAGCUGUGUUCUUUGCAACGCCGGAGCAGGAGCCGCUGCAGGAGCUAUUGCUGCCACUUUCGUCUGCCCUUUGGAUGUCAUCAAAACAAGAUUUCAGGUUCAUGGACUCCCGCAGCUCAGUAAUGGCGGCGUGAAAGGAAGUCUUAUAGUUGGGAGUUUGGAACAAAUAUUCAAGAAGGAAGGCAUGCGUGGCAUGUACCGUGGCCUUUCACCUACAAUUUUAGCAUUGCUUCCAAAUUGGGCUGUUUACUUUACGAUGUAUGACCAAUUGAAAAGCUGGCUUUCUCAUGAUGAAACACAUCAACUAUCAGUAGGGGCCAACAUGGUUGCUGCUUCAGGAGCAGGAGCUGCAACAACUAUAGCUACAAAUCCUCUUUGGGUUGUGAAGACUAGAUUUCAGACUCAAGGUAUGCGGUCUGGAGUAGUACCUUAUCAAAGUACAUUCUCGGCCUUACGGAGGAUUGUACAUGAGGAGGGCAUACGAGGACUGUACAGUGGCCUAGUGCCUGCGCUGGCUGGAAUCAGUCAUGUUGCCAUCCAAUUUCCAACAUAUGAGAAAAUCAAACUUUAUUUGGCUAAGCGAGAUAAUACCACUGUAGAUGCCCUUACUGCAAGUGAUGUUGCUGUUGCCUCGUCAGUUUCAAAAAUUGUUGCAUCAACCCUGACGUACCCACAUGAGGUUGUUCGCUCUAGACUUCAAGAACAAGGUCAUGGAAGCCAUACCGAGAAGCGGUAUCUUGGUGUUAUUGAUUGUAUUAGAAAAGUUUUCCAGAAAGAAGGGAUCCCUGGUUUUUACCGUGGUUGCGCUACCAACCUGUUCAGGACCACACCGGCAGCUGUAAUUACUUUCACAAGUUUUGAGAUGAUUCAUAGAUUUCUAAUCUCCUUAUUUCCCCCAGAGCCACAUCCUCAUGCACUUUGAGUUCACAAGAAACAGCAUUAUUUCAAACCCGUUGACAAUAUACCCAGUGCUAAAGUGGAGUGGAUGGCAAAGAAACUACUCCUGGUCUUGAUGAGCAUGGAUGUCAUGAAUUGGCCCCUUGGUUAUGUAUAAUAUGAGCAUUGGAAUAGAAAAAGGAAGUUUUUCUUUCCUGUUUUCCUUCUUUUUUUGCUAGUGAUUAUAAGCUGCGGUAACUGAUAAUUGUGGGGGCUUUGAUCAAAAGCAUUUUGUAGAGAGUAAGUUGUAAUGUGAACUUGAUGAGCAUUAUCUAGCACAAUUUUGGUGGUGGA